CUUAAGUGUAUUAAAUCUUUUAGGUAUGCACUGAAGAAAGAAAGUGGAAAAGUCCUCAUCAUUAGAAACCAGAAUUUUCAUGCGUGUAGACAUCACUCUAGUGAAGAAGAACGAGACAAGUGCGACAGAUGUGACAAAGAGACCAGAGAAUCACCAAACAGGGUUCAAAAGCGUAUUAAUAAAGAAGAGGAUGAUGACAUUGAAAAAUUGAAAAGCAUAUUUAAAAAAUUAGGGUUUACAGACAUAAAAGGUGGUACAGAACCAUUUGUGCAGAAGGAUAAAUCAAAGAAAGAAAUGAUCAAGUUACUGGAACAAGUGGCCCAGGCUGAUUUCAGCGAUGACUACUGUUUUAUCUGUGUAAUUUUAUCCUGCGGAAAAGAUGGUGUGAUUUUCUGUAAGGAUGACAGUCAAGAUGGAAAUUCAAGUACUAGAUACCCUACUCCGAGUAUGAUGCUGCCCGUGUCUGAACUCCAAGAAUGUCUCAAGGGAGACAAGUGCCAAGGACUUCUUAUGAAGCCCAAAAUAUUCUUAUUACAGUUGGAGCCAGUUCAAACAAAUACUACUGAUCCUAUGACACAGGGUAGUAAAGAAGAACCUACCACACCACUUAAAAUUCCCAGGGAAGCAGAUUUUCUCAUCUACAACUGCGAGACAGCUUUUGUUCCUCACACAGGCAUCAAAGCAUGGAUCCAAGGUUUGAAUGAACAUGUCGUAGGUAAGAAGGAACCUCUGGAGAUACAGAGGCUGCUCACCAGAAUGAACAACAUAGUACGUUCAUACUAUGAAAAGAAAGAAGGAAUCAGUGUGGAAUUGCCAUGUGUUACCUCCCUUCUCACCAAAGAGGUGUAUCUAGGAAAAUGAAUUCAACAGUAGAACUGAUACAGUGUAAAUUGUUGGAGGAUUUUUUUUUAGAUUUAAAUCCGGUCCACUUUUAGUUUUGUAAAAAUUAACUUUCUACAAAAAAUUACUAACAUAAUGUUUAAUGUUUUUAUUUGCAUACAAGUACUAAUAUAUUUACAAUGUUUUAUAAUAACUACACUGUACAUGUAUAGGAUAAAUAUUUAGUGUUUGGAUUAGAUUUUGAUUCUGUUUCUUGUAGUUGCUUUAAGCUAGCCAAUGCAUAAAAACUCUACAAUUUUUGUAGGCAUUCAAAUCAUUUGGAUAAUGGAAAUUUGCAACAAAAUGAUAGUGAGUGUGUAAGACUUUUUUUUAAUUGGUUUGGAUUUGCAGUGUAAAAAUGAAACAGAACUCUCAUUCUUGAUCUAACUUCUUUCGUACUGAAUUUCAAGAAACAUCCAAUAAAAUUUAAAUAAACAAAUUAUUUCAUCAGUCAGCCAUGUUGUGUAAAGGUAGAACAUAUACAUGUAUUAUUAGUUUAUUAUUAUUAGUGUCUGUUGUUGCAUUAUUUUAAAAAGCGAUAAAAAAUCCUUGAAGAUUAUGUUGGCUUGCGUCUAUUGAAGAAUGAGUAUUUUACCAUAUACACUCAAUCAAUAUAAUUAUAAACUGAAAUGUACAGUACCUUGUGUACAUGUAUUUAUAAUUGUUACUCACUACUUUUAUUGUCUCAGAUUUUUUGUUUGUUUGAUAAUGUUACCAUCUCACAAAUUAUUUAUAUAUAUACAAGAA